AUGGGGAAUCAGAUGGGUUUGGGCAUUCAUAUCAUUUUCGUAUGUGUGUUUUUGUUUGCAGCCACAUAUACUUGUUUGGGGGUUGGAAAUGUUAGUGUCAUUUGCUCCAAGCAAGAGCGACUUGCUCUUCUCAACUUCAAACUUAGUGUCAAAUAUGACUCGGGAAUAUUGUCAUCAUGGGUUGGAAAUGAGUGUUGCCUGUGGGAAGGAAUCCAGUGUGAUGCUGUCACUGGAAAUGUUCAACGCCUUCAUCUCAAAGCAAAUUACUAUUACUACAUAUCUGCUAACAUGGUGAAUUCUUCUUUGGCAGAGUUGAGGCAUCUCAAAUACAUCAACUUGAGUGGGAAUCGUUUUCAUGGAAGUCGGAUCCCUGAGUUCAUUGGAUCCUUGAAACAGCUGAGAUACCUCAAUCUCUCUGAUGCUGGUUUUGAAGGUAUUAUUCCUCCUCACAUUGGAAAUCUUUCUAAUUUAAAGGUUCUUGAUCUCAGUUCAAACCAUUAUAAGCUGAAGGCAGAUGAUAUGGCAUGGGCUUUUGGCCUUUCGUCACUCGAGCUUCUCAACUUGAGUGAAGUGGAUCUUAGUGGAGCACAGAACUGGGACAUGAUGCUUCACAUGAUUCCUUCCUUAAGAGAGUUAAGUUUGUCACAUUGUAGACUUUCCAAUGUUAAUCUUGGUCCUUUUCUUAAUUCCAGUAGAAUACUUCCUAAUAUAAAACACCUCGAUCUUGGGUACAAUUCUUUCAAAGGUCCACUCCCUGUCCUUCAAAACAUGACAUCCCUAACAUUCCUCAGUCUUUCUGGAUUCAAUCAUAGUUUGACAUGGAACUUUCCAAACCUAUUAAGCAUAAUCCCUUCUUUGUCAGAGCUGCAUUUGUCUGGUUGUGGGCUCCAUGGGACGCAUCUAUCUUCUCCUCAUCUUAAUUUCAGUACACUUUCUAACAUCCAGCGCCUAGAUCUUAGCGAUAAUCCACUUGGAGGCAUAUUUCCAUCUUUUUUGACAAACAUGAGCUCCCUAGAAGUCCUUGAUCUUUCAUAUACCAUGUUGAAUUCAUCUCUUCCUAUUAUGCCUAAACUUCUAGAGCUUCAUCUUUCUGGUAACAAGUUAAAACAGAUUGAGGAUGUUGGAAUCUGGAGAGAGUGCCACCUGAAACAAUUGGUUGUAGUAGAUAAUGAGUUUGGUAUGGAAAUGUUGGACUCACCAAAAAAUGCAUCAGAAUGCUCCCAGUAUUCUUUGGAGUUGCUGGAAUUAAGGGGGAGUUUAAAAGGUAGAAUUCCAGAAACACUUGGAAGACUCACAAAUUUAAGACACCUUGAUCUAUCGAAAAACAAACUGACUGGUACAAUCCCUGAAUUUGUAAGAGGAUUAAGAUUUUUACAAGUACUAUAUCUACAUCUAAACCAGUUCAUUGGUCCCAUUCCAAAAUUCCUUGGGAAUCUUAAUCUUACCCAACUCGACCUUUCUUAUAACCAAUUGAAUGGUUCAAUUCCAGAAUCCAUUGGAAAAUUAGCAUCUUUAACAGAUUUGUAUCUAAGAUCUAAUUUGUUAAAUGGGACUAUUCCAGUUUCAAUUGGGCAACUUACCAAACUCGUUGUUCUUGAUAUUUCAAACAAUUCUUUAGACAAAGCGGUUACUGAAGCCCAUUUUGCUAACACUUUGAUGUUGAAGGACUUGGAUGCUUCUUCUAACACUAAGUUGACAUUCAAUGCUUCACAUGGGUGGAUACCUCCAUUCCAUUUGAGAUAUCUUGAUUUCUUAUUAAGAUAUAAUCAUGCUUUUAUUGUUGUAUGA